CGGCCGGAUGGGCGCCUUUUCCCUCCCUCAAAGUGUGGCCCUCGAUCGGGGCUCGCCAACCGAUUUGUUGUUCCCUAUCCCGGAUCUGCGCGACGGACGGACGGAUGCAUGCAUGCGGGAGGGAGGCAGGCAUGCUGUGAGCAACGGGUCCCGCUCCCCGAUUGUCACACCUGAUUUGUUUCCAUUUUCUUCCUCUCACUGUCACGGGCGUGCGCGCUCGUUCGCUCGGUGGAACGCGGACGUGCGCGUACUGUUUCCCGGGGACGCUGUGAGAAGUGCACACAAUGUGGGAAAGUUAUCUUUUUUUCUUUCUCGGCACCAACUUGAAGCGCGGAUCCUUUCCACACGAUCAUCUCGUGACGCUAACGAACCGAACUUGAUUUUGGACGUGUCGUGCGUGUCCCGUCUGGUCGGAUUACGCGUAAUACUUGUCCCACAGCGAGCGCCGCGCCGACCGUGAACGCCGCAAGCAGGAAGCUAGCAGCUAGGCGCUAGCUAGCUAGCUAGCUCGCUCGCUCGCUCGCUCGCUCUUGCCGCCGGCGAGGAUUCCCAACGCGCGUUUGGCGGCCGAGUGGAGCGCCGCAUGUGGAGGAGGCGAAGUCGCCUUGUCGGAGCCGCCGGCCGACGGUGACGCCUCCCUGCUGAAAGUGCGCUCCGUCCGCGGCUUAACUCGCUCGCUAGCAUGCCGCAGCUGAGCGACGAUGGCGACUUGGGCGCCAACGACGAGCUGAUCCCGUUCAAGGAUGAGGGCGAGCACGACGACAAGACGAGCGCGGCGGCCGCCACCGCCGCUCAGCGGGACCUGGACGACGUCAAGUCGUCCCUCGUCAACGAGUCCGAGACCAACCACAGCGCGUCGGAUUCCGAGGCAGCGGACAGGCGAGCCAGACGUCAGCCGGACGCGGCCGGCCUGCCCGGACGUGGCCAGCCGUUUGGCGAAGCGCUGAGGCGGCGCUCCGGGGGUGUCCUCCAAGCGCCGGCUUUCGUGGGCUACCCCUUCUUCAUGAUUCCUGACCUUUAUGGCUCGUAUCUGGCCGGCGGGGGCCUGGCGCGUGCGUAUCUGCCGUGGCAGUGGCCCCUGCUGGAUGUGCCCGCCGGAGCGGCCGGGAGAGAUUCGCCCGUGCCCGCUCACCCGUCUAGCGGCACGCCCGCCUUUGUGGCUCACCUCCACCCGCUGCUCUCCCGCCGACCCGAGGCCUCCUCGCCGCACUCCAGGGUGCCAGCCAACUUCUCGCCCGACGCGGGCUCGUCCCGGCCGCCGCAGGUCGCACGCCACCUCGUCUCACCUGCAGCCGUGGCUGAGAUGGCGCACGCCUUUGAUUGGCUCCCGUGCCCCGGCCCGCUGAGCGCCGUCAAAAGGGAACCCGGAGAGGCCGGCCCGCGCAGCCCGCCGAGGAAGUCGCCGGCGCGGGACGGCGGCGGUCAGGCCAAAGGUCACAUCAAGAAACCUCUCAACGCCUUCAUGUUGUUUAUGAGGGACGAGCGGCCCAAAGUGGUGGCCCAGUGCCAAGUUAAGGAGAGCGCCACCAUCAACCAGAUCCUGGGACAGCGGUGGCAUUCGCUGAGCAAGGACGAGCAGGCCAAGUACUACGAGCUGGCCCGGAAAGAGCGGCUGCUCCACUCGCAACUUUACCCCGGCUGGUCGGCCAGAGACAACUACGGCAAGAAGAAGAAGAGGAAGAAAUGCAAGAGCGAAAGCCACCAAGACACUGCCGCAGACCAUUUCCCGCUGCGGCCCGCGCCCCACGAGGCGCCUCACGAGCUCACGUCGCCCUCCGGCACCAGCGCUCACCUUUUGCGCCCGUACACGCUCUCCCAUCUCACACACACGCACUUGUCCCAGGCCAGCCCCGCCUCCUCGGUGGACUCCCCGGCCACGGCGGCGGCGCUGGCGUCGCCCGCCGCCCCGGCACCCACCUUCACCGAACACUCGGACGCACGGGGCGGCCGCGUAUCGCCGACAGACCAGCCGCUCGCCCUCACGACUCAUGCGCCGCCACGCGGGAGGGCGCGUGCCCCACCCGCGGCCACCUCUGACCUGCGGACCUCCUCUACCUCCAGCCACGGGCUUUGAGCGACUGUCGACACGCCAAAGCGUUUUUAAAUCCAAUUUCUUGCCCUUGGCAAAUUAGUGGUCAAUAUUUGACAUUGUUAAUAAAUGGAUAUUAAGUCGUCACUCGAUUUCCUUCAUGUUGACUUUUGAACUCCAUCCAGACUUUUGUAAACCCAAAUAAAGAGUCUCAAUGGAAGCAA